CUAAACAGUGCUCGAGCCACAGCCAGCUGUACACAGGUCAUUGAGAAGCUAAAUAGAUACAGCGAUAUUACAGGGUAGUAGACACAGAGCCAUAAGCCUUAAACAACACGGUGUGUGACAGUGGACACGGCAGGCUUUAGCAGUCCCUUCAUCACUGUCUUCCAUUGGAACAGUCUGCUGUGUAACGUUAACUUACUGUACGUGCUGCAGGUAAACAGAGGCAUCUCUCCUCGAUCCGCUAGCUUCCUGCCCCCUGAAUCCACUGUGAAGAAGCCCGGUCUCAGGAGACAACACAGAAAGAGCAAAGUGCCUUAUUUCCCUGCUCGGUGAACCCCUUUAAUCUGAACACAAGACGAUGGCUGAUAAAGUGGCUGACUUUCCCAGUGGCCCGCUGGAUAUCUACAGGAACAAAGCCUCUUUCAACUGGAAGGACAUGCUCUGCUUCUUAGACGGAGAGGAAAUCAUUGCAUUCAAGCAACAAGUGUUCAAGGCACUUGAGAAUGACCCUCUGUUUGCACGUCGGCCCGGCGAAGACGUCCCUCUCGAGAAAAUGAGAGAGUUGACCUUCCUCAGGGCAAAGCAGCUCUUCUGCUAUGACUUCCUGACAAAAGAAGAGGUGAUGGCUAACCCCUGGAAGUCUAUAACGCUCAGUGAUUGCCUGGGCAUGUACGACUGGGCCUUGGGGGCCAAGUACUUUCUCAACAAAGGGCUGUUUGGACCAACAAUUGCCAACUCCGGAUCAGCGAGACACAGCAAAUACGUUGAAAACACUGAAGACAUGACGACGUUUGGAUGCUUUGGACUGACUGAGCUGAGCCACGGCAGCAACACCAGAGCCCUGAGGACCACAGCAACAUAUGACCCCUCCACCCAGGAGUUUGUGAUCAACUCUCCGGACUUUGAGGCCGCCAAGUUCUGGGUGGGGAACAUGGGUAAGACUGCGACCCACGCUGUGGUGUUCGCUCAGCUCUACACGCCUGACCAGGUGUGCCACGGCCUGCACUCCUUCGUUGUGGCGUUGAGAGAUCCCAAGACCCUGCUAGCUCUGCCUGGUGUGCUGGUUGGAGACAUGGGCAAGAAGCUGGGGCAGAAUGGACUGGAUAACGGGUUUGCUUUGUUUCAUAAUGUGAGGAUCCCUCGGGAGAAUCUGCUGAAUAAGACGGGAGAUGUUACUCCUGAUGGCCGCUACGUUACACCAUUUAAGGACCCCAACAAGCGUUUCGGGGAGUCUCUGGGUGCCCUGUCAGGUGGCAGGGUGUCCAUCACCAGGAUGGCUUUGGUCAACCUGAAGCUUGCUCUGACUAUCACCAUCCGCUUCUCAGCCACCAGGAGACAGUUUGGACCCAAAAACACAGAGGAGAUUCCUGUUUUGGAGUACCAGUUACAGCAAUGGCGUCUGAUUCCGUACCUGGCAGCAGCGUAUGCUCUUGAACACUUCUCCAAAUCCAUCUUCAUGAACUUUGUUGAGUUCCAGAUUGGACAGAUGAUGAGGGAGAAGAGUGACAGACAAGCAGAGAUGGGCAGGGAGAUCCAUGCUAUAGGCUGCUCCAGUAAACCACUGGGCUCAUGGAUUGCUCAGAGAGGGAUUCAGGAGUGUAGGGAGGCCUGCGGUGGACAUGGAUACCUGGCCAUGAACCGGCUGGGUGAUCUGCGUAAUGACAAUGACCCAAACUGCACAUAUGAAGGAGACAACAACGUCUUGCUGCAACAGACCGGCAACUACCUGCUCAGCUGGCUCCAUGCUAAACACCGAGAUGGUGUGCGCAUUGAGUCUCCUCUUCACACUGUGGAUUUCCUGGAUGAUUCCCACAAGAUCCUAGAAAGCAGGUUCACAGCAAGAAUGAUGGAGGAGUGUAUGGACUCUGCAGUGCCACUGGCAGCCUAUAAGUGGCUGGUGUGUUUCCUGCUGGAAGAGAGCCAGAAGAGGCUGGAGCAGGAGAUGGCCUCGGGAAAGGAGGAGUUCGAGGCCCGUAACAACAGCCAGGUCUACUACUGUCGCUCCCUGGCCAUGGCCUACAUAGAACACAACUGUCUCCAGAGGUUUCAUGAGCUGACUACUGAUACGGACACACCAGCUGGUCUCAGACCUGUACUCAGCAAGCUGUGUGCCCUGUAUGGGCUGUGGAGCCUCAGCAACCACAUGGCCACACUCUACCAGGGUAAUUACUUGAGUGGAAGGAAGCCCACAGACUUGGUCCAGAUGGCCAUUCUCACUCUCUGCUCCCAGCUGAAGGAUGAUGCAGUAGCAUUGGUGGAUGUUUUGGCACCUACUGAUUUCAUUCUCAACUCACCUAUUGGCAAUGCUGAUGGACAGCUUUACAAGAACCUGUGGUCGACAGUGAUGCAGGGCAGCCAGGUGCUGGAACGGCCUUCCUGGUGGAAAGAGUUCUGCUCAGACAAGCCGGUGGUCGGAUCCCUCCGUCCAAAACUCUAGAACCCACUCAACAACCUCACUUUACCACAUUCUAACUAAGUGCAAUUUAGAAUAUAAUGUCCAUACACACAACCUAUUGCCAAAAAAGUGUCCAAAAUCUUAUAAGUGUUUAUUAUGAAACGCUGGAGUCCUGUGCACUCUUAAGAACUCUGGAUGAGCUAAAGAACUCUUGAUUCAAAAUCAAAAAGACCUCAAAACAGUUACACUGAUAGAUACAAUUAUCACAAUCCCUUCAUAAACACACAUAGAAGCCUUGGACCUGCUCACCAGCACAUUCUCUAAAACCCUGCAUUUAAAUGUCGUGGCCACCACAUCAGAUAGGAUUGUAAACAGGACCUGCCAACGCUGCCCAGCUGAAAUGAAAUUGCAGAUUUUUCUGCUACAGCAUACUGAUCUUUUUUGUGAAUUACGUGUCAAGUCCUCAGAAUGGUGUAAAUCUUCUGUCUCCAAAAACAAAGACAUUCUGGGCCAAUCAAAUCAUUCCACUUUAAACUGUAUCAACAAAAAGAAGAAAUGAGACUGUCCUGUCAUUGGCUGACAGUGGUGCUUACCGGCACAGAGCAGAUGUGACCCAACACAGGAACUCACUAAUACACAACUCUUACUAAUUUCUCUUAAAGCUGCUGUAGGUAAGAUUGUGAAGAGCCAGGACUUUGCUAACAAAUUUGAACAUCGACAACUUCUCAGUCCCUCCCCCCUUUCUGCUGCAGCCCAAACCGUCUCCUAAGCC